GGAGGAAGAGGAAGAGGAGGAGGAAGAGGAGGAAGAGGAGGAAGAGGAGGAAGAGGAGGAAGAGGAGGAGGUCAAACAGAGGGGACAACGAUUCAACAUGAAAUCAUCACAAAGGUUAUAAACUCCAGGAUGCUGUGUACGGUGUGUAAACGUGAUUUCAGGAGUCUGCCGGCUCUAAACGGACACAUGCGCUCUCACAGCGGCUCCAGAGCAGCAGCAGCGACGAACAAGGCUGAGGACUCCUCCGUGUUGGAGAAUCCCUCCGUUGCCAUGGUGAUGCCUGUCUCCAUGCCUGUCCAAUCGGGCGCAGCGUUGAAGACGUGCAGGGCCGGACAGAGGGCGUGCAGUCGCCUCUCUCCCGCCACAGGAGGCGCUGUGCUGUACCGCAGUCUGUUAAAACAAGACAAACAGGACGCAGCGGUCAGGGGUGAUGAUGAAGGCGUUCACUACACCCCUCCCCCGAUGCUGUGUCCCCUCAGGGCGGGGCCGGGGCUGUUCUGCUCCCUCACCACCAGGGGGCAGCAGAGAGCACACAGUGGACUCAGUGAUGCCGUUGCCAAGGAGACAGCAUCUCUGCCUCCAGGAACAAUGAUGUCAGGAAACAACACGGGGAGGAUCAAUGUGGGGCGGAGCUUCCAGGCGGAAAUCCCGCCUCUACGCCGACCGAGGGGUGCUCACUCCGACUCCCAUAAUGCACUGCAGCUGUGGACGCCUGUAGAGGAGCUGGAGCAUCCUGAGAGUCAGCGGAGAGUUGAAGCUCUGAUGAUGAUGGCAUGCUCGAGUGUGAUUCCAGGGGGCGGAGCCAGCCCAGAGACCGCCCUUCACGUCCUAUCAGAGUGCAGAGGAGACUUCCUGUGGACGUUGGAGAGAAUGAUGUCGACUCCUGAACCCUCAAACAACGAGCUCACACGCCAACAGGAGCAGAGUCGGUGUUGGAGCUCGACUGAGAGGAGGCUGAUCGUUAAAUCUCUGCAGCUUCAUCACAAAGACUUCCAGAAAGUUCACCAAACUGUUCAGACUAAGUCGGUCCCUCAGUGUGUGGAGUUUUAUUACCGCUGGAAGAAGAAGCUGAGUCUGAGCACGAGGACCCCCGGCCGACUGACCGUCACGCUGCCCGACACAAAGGGUCAAAGGUCGUCAAACUCCUAUCAUGCACGAUGAAGCGGUGGAGAGUUUCCUCCUGGAGCUUCACACGAGGACGACGACGAUGUGUUUAAUAAAAGAAUCUUUAGACUGACAUCUCUGUAGUGUGUUUGAAGGUUUUUAAACUUUAUUCUAAAUGAA